GCAGCACCGAGUGAGCGCACACGUCGCUCUCUCCACUACAUCGCACCACUGCGGUAGGAGCGCGGAGGCAGCAGCAGAGGAGUGCCCGGCAGGCACAGUCCACUUGUUCCUGCAGGACAAAAUCCAGGUGGCGAGUCUCUCACUCUGUCUCUCUGUGUCUCCCUCUCUGCCGACUUUAUCACAGCGCAAGACUUUACCUGAGAGGACAUAGUCAUAUAGCAACAGCUCUCAGGGUAACCCUCACAGUCCAGCCGGAGCAAAGGAAGGAGAAGUUUGGGCUAUUGCCACGCGAUUUUACCCACAGCUCCGUAACCUUGGAAGUCGGACCUGAUUAUUGUGAGAGGAUGGGACCGCUACUCCUUUCCGUCGCCCUGUGCUUGAGCGCCGCUGUCCCACAGCGUGUGAAAGCAGCAGAUGGUGAGGAACCAACUUCAGCAGGUCCUUGCCAUCCAAACCCUUGCCACAACAGAGGAACGUGUGAGAUCAGUGAGACCUACAGGGGUGAUACCUUCAUUGGUUAUGUGUGCAAGUGUCUACCAGGUUUCAGCGGAGUUCACUGCCAACACAAUAUUAACGAAUGUGAAAGGGACCCGUGUAAGAAUGGGGGCAUUUGCACAGAUCUGGUUGCCAACUAUUCCUGUGAAUGUCCAGGAGAAUACAUGGGGAGGAACUGUCAAUACAAAUGCUCUGGCCCACUGGGCAUGGAGGGCGGUAUAAUCUCCAACCAACAGAUAACGGCCUCUUCUACCCACCGUGCUCUCUUUGGCCUACAGAAGUGGUACCCGUACUUUGCAAGGCUCAACAAGAAGGGGCUGGUCAAUGCCUGGACUGCAGCCGAAAAUGACAGAUGGCCAUGGAUCCAGAUAAACCUGCAGAGGAGAAUGAGGGUCACGGGCCUAAUUACCCAGGGUGCAAAGCGUAUCGGCAGCCCAGAGUACGUCAAGUCUUACAAAGUAGCCUACAGUGAUGACGGGAAGACCUGGAGAACAUACAAAGUCAAGGGCAAAGAUGAGGAUAUGAUUUUCAGAGGAAAUGUCGAUAACAACGCUCCAUCAGCCAACUCCUUCACCCCUCCCAUUGAAGCCCAGUACGUGCGCAUUUACCCCCAAGUCUGCAGGAGGCACUGUACUUUACGCAUGGAGCUGCUCGGUUGUGAGCUAACAGGCUGUUCUGAACCACUGGGUAUGAAGUCAGGCCAUAUCCAGGACUAUCAGGUCACAGCCUCCAGCAUCUUCAGGACGCUCAACAUGGACAUGUUCACUUGGGAGCCUGGGAAAGCCCGUUUAGACAAGCAGGGCAAGGUCAACGCUUGGACAGCUGGUCAUAGCGACCAGUCGCAGUGGCUACAGGUGGACUUGCUUGUGCCAACCAAGGUGACAGGUAUCAUCACCCAGGGAGCGAAAGACUUCGGCCAUGUCCAGUUUGUUGGCUCAUAUAAAGUCGCUUUCAGUAAUGAUGGAGAGCAGUGGAAUGUAUAUCAAGAUGAGAAGCAGGGCAAGGACAAGGUAUUCCAAGGGAACUUUGACAACGACACACACAGAAAGAACGUGAUAGACCCGCCUAUCUACGCUCGGUUCAUUCGGAUCCUUCCCUGGUCGUGGUACGGCAGGAUCACUUUGCGUGUAGAAAUACUCGGAUGCACAGAGGAAGAGUAAACCCUUUCCUUCAUCUUUCUGCCCAUCGCCCCUUGUCCCUUGGCAUACUGGAGUGUCUCACAAAGUACUUCAGAAAUAAACUGUGCAACCUGUAAAAAGAAAUUGAUUUCCAAUGGAUUUUUCAAGAGUAUGCGUUGGUUGUGAUGGGUUGCUGUUUGUUCUUUUGUACAAUGAUUUAAAACCUGCCCCUGCCCCUGUUUGUCCUUUUGUUUUUCCUAUUUAAAGCGUGAUCUUUGUCUUUUUAUUCCUCUCAAGAUUUGCCAUCCUGUUUGGAAUGAACUUCUAUAAUAUAUAUAUGGGAGGGGUGGGUUUGGGGGUGGUGUCAGAAAGGGAGUCUCCCUGUGGUUUUAACUUGUUGCCAUAGAAGCUAUUGUACAGUGUCACUUUUUAACAAAUGUGUGAAAUCUGUCUGUUGUGCUUCAUUGGACAUGAUUAACCAGCUUCAUGCCAUGACUAAACUGUCUAAAUGAUCAUGUAGAUGACAUGUUAUCUCAUCAUCAAAUGUGUUUUUACUUUGAAUACAGCACCUCCUCAAGCCAUGCCUUUUCCCUAAUGGACACUGGCAUUACAGCAUCAAUCAAAACACUGCUAAAGCUCUUGUAUUAUAUGUAAAAGACUAAGAAAUUGCAUGGUGCGUGAACUAUAAAUAUAUAUUAUGAGAAAUCAUUUAAAACCUCCAGCCCUGAAAGCAAAUGGAUUUGAUUUAGAGACCUAUUUUUAUGUGCAUUUUUAAAUAGUUCUGAAACAUUACAACACACUGCAAAAGCUUAAUAAAGAUGACUGAUACGUGAGACAAAAAGCAAGCGCUGCAGUUUAAAGUGGUUCUGCAGCACUGACACUGAGGCUUAUAAGGUUGUAUGUAGUUGAAAUGUUAGCUCACAUUUUUUUUAACAUUCGAUUAUUGCUAGAUGUAAGAUUAUUUGCUAUUAUUGUUUGUUU